AUGGACAAUAACCAUCUUCUUCCAAUCUUCGAAUGGCCUAAAUGUAGUACUCAUUAUCGAAAUUGGCUUUUUAGCUCUUUUGAAAAACUUAAAUCAGUCCAAACUGAAACAUACACAAAAGCAGCUGAUAAGUUAAGAGGAAAGCAUCCAGAGGUGAAGAUUCCAUCGCUGGACGAUGAGUUGUGGAUCAUCAAAUACUACUCACAUCAGCUUUCGCGCUUUUUGACCACAAACAACCUUAAAACUUCUGUAAAAGAAACAUCGCUAACUUUUUUCAAUCGGUUUUACCUGAAAUGUUCAGUAAUCGAUUAUGACCCUAGGAUAAUAAUGUUCACGUGUAUUACCCUUGCCACAAAAUUGGAGGAUAUGUGGAAAUCUGUAUAUGUGGAUAAGCUGCUCGCUUCAGUGCAGGAUUUGGACAUUUCGCAGGUGUUUGACAUGGAGUGCAUCGUGUGUGACGCACUAAACUUUAAUCUUUUGGUUCUGCACACUUCCGACUCCAUCUAUACCAUUGUUCAAAUGCUAGUAGAGUACCUGAAGGAAAGCUUGGAUCUUGACGAGUCACUAAUGGGUGAACACUUGAAGAUAAUCAUAAACAUAUACAAACAGGCUGAGACUAACUGUAUUAACGCUCACGAGUCUCCAGAGUACGUUGAACAAGCACACUUUUACUAUGAAUAA